GCAGCAUUUCCAAGGUCUUCUCGUGCUUUCAGCUUCCCAGUUAUUGGGUUUAAACCUCAUUGUUGUCAUGCGGCAAAUCUAGAUGGUUUCUUUUGUGAGGUAGCAAUGGACCAGCUGUCAUCCAGUGCCAAAGACAUGCAUCCAAACCUGUCGGCACAGAUUUCAAACAGUCUAUGAAAAAUUGCACAGAUUUGUUUCAAUGGUUUCUGAUGCUUUUGUGGGUUUCCUCCGGAUGCUCCGACUUCCUCUCACAUACAAACGCAUGCAGGUUAGAUGAACUGGAAACUGUAAAAUGUCCGUAAGUGUGCGAGCGGGUGUGAAUGUGCUUGUCUGUCUAUAUGUGGCUUUGCGAUUAGACUGGCGUCCUGUGCAGGGCAUACCCUGCCUCAUGCCCUAUGACUGCUGUGAUGCGCUCCAGCCCCCCCCCCCCCCCCCCCCCCAGUAAAGGAGCUCCCCAGACCCUUAAUUUGAGUAACUGAGUAUAGAAAAAGGAUGGAUGGAUGGAUCCCCCCUCCUCCCGAUGCAUGCACACACACAGGCACGCACAAUUUGUUUCUCUUGAGAUCACGAACACAGCCGUCUGCUUCAGGAGACGUAGUGCUACUUCGGAAUUCACACAGUUUUGUAUACUUCAUAAACGUUGAUACUGCCAAGUUCUAUGAAUAUGACAUUAUGGUAAACAUCCGUUUGCCAUCAUCAGAUUUACAUUUCUUUAUUAUUUCCUUUGUCCAACCACAGUAAGCAGGUAAGCAUACACGUACUGAACAUGAAGCAAUGAUAACUGUAGUCAACCCCUGCCUCCCUCCCCCACCUUCCAGUUCUCUCGCCAAGCCUUCAUGGUCACACUCUUCCAAAGUUGGAUAAAUUUGCACGGCUUUCUCAUAGACACAUAUCAAACAUAGUUGCUAUGGCCUGCAAAGAGAAACUUCACUCCGUGAAAGUGACCAGAAGUUCAUCUGUCUGCCUGAAAACUCUGGAUGUUGACAUUCUAUUGUAUUCUAGGUCCUCUUUUAAUACCAGUAUGCGAUAUGGAGAAUUAGAAAAUUUUGACCGUAAUUUGGAAUAAUCGGGGUGCUCUAAAAGAGAUGGCGGAUGUCCAACUUCCAUCAGUUGUUUCAUGAGAUUCACCGUGUCAACACUGUCAAGAUUCACAGGGUCAAAACCAUCAAGAUACACCACAGCUAUGCCCACCAGAGGACUAUGGAAGGGCAGAGGCAAGGGGAGGUCCAGUGACAAUGAGGAGCAGCCACGACCUGAGGAAAGGCAGGAAGAUCAGCCUAGGUCACCAAGCCCACCUCUCAGUCCAGAUAUCCUGUCUGGUAGCCCAGCCAGAUCCACCACCCCAGCUGUGUCCAGUGAGGAGGGGGAAGAGAUAGAUGUGAGAGGGAGGAGGAAGAAAGGAACACUGGAUGAGUUCCUCUUGAGGUUCACCGAGAAGGAGCUGGACAGGCUGCUGGAGUGGUGGAGGGAUAACCCGUGCUUGUUUGACAACACACGAGGUGACUUUCUUGACAGCAAGAAGAAGCAGAGGUUGAGGGAGGAGAUGGCUGCCAGGAUUGGAAGAGGCUGCACUGAAAAGGAUAUUCAGCGGAAAAUGAACACCUUAAGGACACAGGUGGGAAAUAUCUACAGGGAAACUGGGCCAAGCGGGCAAGGCGUGGAUGGAGUGGUAGACCCAGCCAAGCUGGUUGGCAAGAAGAAGUGGGUGUGGGAAAGAUUGGCUUUUCUUCUUCCUUACAUCAGGACAAAGGAAACACGCAGUACUGCCCAGGGAAGAUUAUCUUCUGUUGUAAUGAGGCAGUGGAGGACCCAAAUAAACAAGAAUAAGCAGAGAGUUCCCCAGUUUGGAGAUGAGGAUGAUGUUGAUGAAGCAGGGGAUGGUGGCCCAUCUACGUGUAGUGAGGAGUUGUCCACCUCGGGAGAUGGUCCUUCAACGGCAGCAUCUAUCGGGAGUCUCAAAACAAGCAACAGCAACUUCAGUCUUAAGCCUGCAAUGAAGAAACCAAAGACUACCAACAAGAUGGACCGCAUGCAGGCCAUGCUUGACAACAACAAGCUGCUGUUUGAGAAAAUUUCACAGAUGUCCAGCCGCAUUGAACAGCCGCCUCCUCCAGCUACACUUGCACCUGAGAUGAAGGAUCCCUUCUUCGCUUUGCUGAAACAGAAGCUUGACCGUCUGCCAGAUGUGAGGAGGAAUGUAGUGCAAGACUAUUUCCUUCGGGUUGUGAUAGAUGAGGUCCACCUCCAUGAGAAUCAACAGCCAUAUCAGCCCCCUACUGCUACAGCUCAGUGGAGACCUACGCAUCCCUAUCAACAGCUGCAGCCGUACUUCAACCAGCAGCCAAGCUAUCAAGCAACAUCACAUCCGUCAUCACUUGCCAGUUAUCCGCAGCAAACCUAUAUUUCUGCUGCUCAGCAGUCAUCUUUUGCCAGUCCGACACCUCAGCAGCCCUUCAUCACUCCGACACCUCAGCAGCCUUUCCCCACUCCGACACCUCAGCAGCCCUUCACUGUUCUACAGCAGCCAUUCUCCAAUCCUCCCUCACAGCAAACACUCACCACUCUGCCAUCACAGGGAAACCUCACUCAGCAACUUCAGUCACCAGUGAUCCCAGCAACUCCUGCUACUUCAACAGCUCAAGAUGCCCCUUCAACAUUGCAAACUGAAUGCUGUGUGAGUGCCGGACCAUCUGCGACAUCUCUCCUAGCGCGUGAAAUCACUUUGAGCCAACGUACAUCAGCAGCGUCCUCUGCUACUGACAUAUACAUGUAAAUGUGGGAAAACUUGCAAAGAGAACUUUGUUGCCUGUAUAGACUGAAAAACAAAACAAGUGCAUUUUGUAAAUAUAAGGUUGUGCACAGAGACUUGCACAUAUAGAGGUAAACCUGUAAAUAUGAUAAUAAAUAAUGUUGAAAGAAUAUUGUUGACAAAAUAUAUUUUAUCCAUUAAAUGUAUUUUCAAUUUAAAUUGUUUAUUUGGAUUACCCUUAAUAUUUGGCUUUUAUGAGGGUGGGAGGCAUUCUUAAACAAAAAAAAAAAAAAAUUCAGAAGGAAAAUUUUUUCCUUUGUAAUGUUUUUUUUCUGAGUUUUAGGUUGUUCAUCCCCCCUUCAACACAUUUUUAACGUGCCCAUUAAGUAAUGGAAAUAUAUUAUAUUAUAUUAUAUACACAGACACUGAGGUAAAAAAGUAUUUAGUCAGCCCCUGAUUGUGCAAGUUCUCCUACUUAGAAAGA